AUGUUGCCUAAACAGAAAGACGAAAUUAGAAUCUUUACACCAAGCCCUAUUCUAGGCUAUGGGUAUGAUGCCGACGAGUUCGCGUAUGGAGUCGUCGAGUGCGGCGCCGAUGCAAUCAUCGUCGAUGCAGGGUCAACGGAUCUGGGACCAUUCAACCUCGGGGCUGGGACGACCCUUUACGGGUAUGAUUCGUACGUCAGAGGCCUCACGCUCAUUCUGGACGCCUGUUUCCAUCUCAAGGUGAAAGUGUACAUCAGUUCGGCCGGAGGAGGUGGUAGCAAUCAACAUGUGGAUGAUCUCAAGUCCAUCGUGUCGGAGAUUGCGACUCAAAGGAAUUGGACAUUUGAGGUUGCCUCAAUCAAGGCGGAAAUAUCCAGAGAAACAAUACACAGAAAACUACGAGAGGGCCUGGUUCACCCCUUUAGACCCGUCCACGCUUUGACCCAUGAACUUGUGGAUGACACGAUGAAGAUUGUCGCUCAAAUGGGUGCUGAGCCUUUCCUCGAGGCCAUCCAAAGCUAUCACGACCCCGAUGUCAUUGUCGCGGGGCGGGCCUAUGACCCUACUCCAUUCGCGGCUUUCUGUCUCAGUCGGGGCGUUGACCUCGGGGUGGCAUGGCAUGCUGGUAAGAUUUCUGGAGUGCGGAGGCUUGUGUGCGGUACCCAAAGGCCGAUCCAUGCUCGCCACGGUGCGGAAAGCGAGCUUCGAUCACACUCCUGUCAACCCAAUGCAACGCUGUACACCCCUCUCGGUCGCUGCACACACAUUUUACGAGAAGACUCGGCCCAACCGGCUCCCGGGACCGGGGGGUUGUACUACAUCUGGAAGGGGCGAGAUACGAACAGCUCGAUGAUGGUCAAACGACCAGAGUCUGUGGUUCCUCAUUUGUUCCCACGCCCAUUUAUCAAGUCAAACUCGAAGGCGUCCAGAUGCUAA